CCUAAAAUCUUUGAUCAAACAAGAUGAGGCUAAAGCAAUUACUUAAAACAGAUCCAUUAUGUAGAAGCAUAAUUGACUCGACUCCGGAUUGACUAAAAAGAAGACAUGGGUCACCGGGUCAACAGAAGUUUACACUGAUUUAUAUGGAGUCAGUGGAUUUUGACUCAAUGCUAAUGACCCUGUACAGUCAAGCAACCAAUUAAAGAGUUCCUUAAAAUUAUAAACAUCAAUUAAACUGUUGACUUUAGAUUACCACCUCUUCCCACUAGCAUUCACUUCACUAUCAAUUCUGCUUGUCAUUGUCAUGUAGAAAUAAUUAAAACCUACCACUAACAAAUGGAACUGUUUCGGGCAGACAAACUGUACUUGGUUUUAAAUUAAUAUGCUGUUUUUUGCAAGUAUUUUUUCACAUCCAAGCUUGAUGAUUUAAAAAAAGAAAAGAAAAGGAGUAGCAAUGAAAUACUUUCCCAUGCUUCUAUUCUGCUCCUCUUUGUUGUUAAUUAUAGUAAGUUCCACUGCAACUGAUACCAUAAAUACAACUCAGUUUGUUAGAGAAGGUGAUACCAUUGUUUCAGCUGGCGGAACCUAUGAAUUAGGAUUUUUCAGCCCAGGUAAAUCGAAAAACCGGUACUUGGGGAUAUGGUACAGCAAAAUAUCCGUGCAGACUGCAGUUUGGGUUGCCAACAGAGAAACUCCACUUAAUGACUCAUCAGGAGUAAUUUUAAGGCUUACCAACCAAGGAAUCCUUGUUCUUCUCAAUCGGAGUGGGAGCUUGAUAUGGUCUUCUAACAUAUCGACACCUGCGAGGAAUCCAGUUGCACAGCUUUUGGAUUCAGGAAAUCUUGUUGUGAAAGAGGAGGGUGAUGAUAACUUGGAAAAUUCCUUGUGGCAGAGUUUUGAACAUCCAGGUGAUACGUUCAUGCCAGACAUGAAGCAAGGACGGAAUAGAAUAACAGGCAUGGACUGGUACAUGACAUCAUGGAAGUCACCUGAUGAUCCUUCCAGAGGUAAUAUUACAUAUAUACUUGUUCCUUAUGGAUAUCCUGAGAUUCUUGUGAUGGAGGAUUCAAGGGUGAAGUAUCGAUCUGGUCCAUGGAAUGGUAUGCGGUUCAGCGGGACGCCUCAUUUAAGACCAAAUCCCGUGUACACAUUUGGAUUUGUUUUUAACGACAAGGAGAUAUUUUACAGAUAUCAUCUUCUUAAUCGCUCUAAACUUUGGAGGGUCGUGGCAAGUCAGAAUGGUGAUAUCACAAACUUUGUUUGGGUUGAUAAAACACAAAGUUGGUUGCUUUAUGGCACAGCAAAUACAGAUAAUUGUGAACGCUAUUCACUAUGCGGUGCGAAUGGCAUCUGUAGUAUAAGCAACUCUCCAGUGUGUGAUUGCUUGAAUGGAUUUGUUCCAAAAAUUCAAAAAGACUGGGAUGCAAUGGAUUGGUCAAGUGGCUGUGUUAGAAAGAUUCCUCUAAAUUGCUCUGGAGAUGAGUUUCGCAAGCUGUCUGGUGCCAAGUUGCCUGAGACAAAAACAUCAUGGUUCAACAAGAGUAUGAAUCUUGAGGAGUGCAAGAGCACAUGCUUGAAGAAUUGCAGUUGCACUGCAUAUUCAAAUUUGGACAUCAGGGAUGGAGGAAGUGGGUGCUUGCUCUGGUUUGGUGACCUGAUCGAUAGUAGAAUUUUCAUUGAAAAUGAGCAAGACAUUUAUAUACGGAUGGCUGCAUCAGAACUAGAUGCUGGUGAUGCUGCAAAGGAUAAUGCUAAAUCCAAUGUGAAGAGAAGGAUCAUGGUAAGCACUGCAUUGUCUACAGGAGUUCUGGUACUUAUCAUAGCGGUGGUCUUUUAUGUUUGGAAAAGGAAGCAGCAGAAAAACAGAAACAUAUCAGGUGGUUUGGGAAGAAGUUCAAAUUACAAGCACAAGAAAGAAGCUCUGGAAUUACCGUUGUUUGAUUUUGAUACCAUGGCUUUUGCAACCAGAAACUUUUCAGACGAAAAUAAACUGGGAGAAGGGGGCUUUGGACUUGUUUAUAAGGGGACUUUGAAAGAUGGACGAGAAAUGGCUGUGAAGAGGCUCUCUAAGAAUUCAAGACAAGGACUUGAUGAAUUCAAAAAUGAAGUCAAGAAUAUUGUGAAGCUUCAGCACCGGAAUCUUGUGAAGCUUCUAGGAUGUUGCAUUGAAGGAGAGGAAAAGAUGUUGAUCUACGAGUUUUUGCCUAACAAAAGCUUGGACUUCUUUAUUUUCGAUGAAGCAAAAAGUUUACUUCUAGAUUGGCCUCAGCGCUACCACAUUAUCAAUGGGAUUGCUUGUGGACUCCUUUACCUUCAUCAAGAUUCAAGAUUAAGAGUAAUUCAUAGAGAUUUGAAAGCCAGCAAUGUUUUAUUAGAUUACGAGAUGAAUCCAAAAAUUUCAGACUUUGGCCUGGCUAGAUGUUUUGGAGGAAAUGAAACUGAAGCCAACACAAACAAAGUGGCUGGUACAUAUGGCUAUAUAUCCCCAGAGUACGCAAAGUAUGGACUCUACUCGCUAAAAUCUGAUGUCUUCAGCUUUGGUGUAUUGAUGCUAGAGAUAGUAAGUGGGUACAGGAACAGAGGAUUCUGCCACCCAGACCACCAACUCAACCUUCUUGGGCAUGCUUGGAGACUGUUUAAAGAAGGCAGGCAUGUGGAGCUGGUUGGGGGAUUAAUAUUUGAAACUUGCAAGUUAUCUGAAGUUCUACGGUCGAUUCACAUAGGUCUAUUAUGCGUGCAAGAAAAUGCAAAAGAUAGGCCGAACAUGUCACAGGUGGUUUUGAUGCUGGGUAAUGAAGAUGAAUUGCCUCAGCCUAAACAUCCAGGUUUUUUUACUGAAAGGGAUCUUAUUGAAGCAAGCCAUUCAUUAAGUCAGAACAAACCAUGUUCUGCAAACGGAUGCUCGUUCUCCCUGUUAGAGGCACGGUAGAUUUGUAUUUGCCAUGUAUUUGUAGAAACUUUUAGUUGCUUCUAGCUUCUUCUUCUUUUUUUCAGCAAAAAAAUAAUGUAUUUUGUUCAAGCACAACUUUAUGCAUCAGCAAUGAAGCUCAAAAUUGUCGGAC